UGAGUACGCGAUAAUAAAUUAUUCCCACAGGCUAGAAAAGAGUUCAAAAUUUUUCGUUAAAAAAAAUUAUAUCACAUCGACGAGAUCUCGCGCCGUGAGUCAAGUAUCAUGGACGACAACCGUUUGCACAAAUAUUACCGGAAUCAGGGCUUCAGUUGGCGAACAUUGGUUUACAACUACCUGCUGACGGAUCGAUACUUCCGAGAGAUAUUCCAUUUCGGGCCGUACUGCGGCCCGCUGACGGCCAUCACCUGUCUGCUCGUUCUUCUGGUUCUCGUGUACACGACGACAAGCUGGUCGAUCUUCUUGGUCAACGUCAAGAGGUACAACGAUCUUCGUGGCAGCGUAGAGAAGAAGGUCCCCACUCAAGACAGUGUGCAGCAGUUGAAACCUGGAUACGUUUGUAUCAACAAACACCUCAUGCAGGCGGGCGUAUUUCUCGACAAAACGCAAAAAGUCCUACUGAAGGAACAAAUGGAAAUUGACAUGUUGAAUAGCCGAAUGAACAGCAUUUUCGAGCUUCUGCAACCAUCGGAAAAAUCCGGCUCAAAAUCACACAGAGAUAUUUAUAAUUUCGAUUCGUCUCUACAAAAAACGGAGUUCAUCUAGGUAAUGCUGCGAAUUAGUAACGAUUAUAUUGUUUUCAAAAUGUUUCAACCUUUUUUAUCAGAAAAAUUAAUGAAAUUAAAAAAAUAAAUCAUUGAGAAAUGCCAAACCUAGAUAGACAUCGUAAAUUUUCCGGAAAGUCUUAGUUUAU